UAAUGGGCUGGAAAAUAUUCUUCCUGUGAAGUUGCAGUUUUGCGGGGCUUGAAUGAGUCCAGUCCUCCCCUGGCUCUGCCCAGCGCCACCGAUUGGCUCCGCAGCCCGGGGGGGACCGAUAAGGGCGGCUAUAAAACCCUCGCAGCUCCCGGUCCCCCAGCGAGCAGCAGCCAGAGGGGCCACCCGGAUCCUCCGCACAUCCCUGCGCUCAUCCCGGGCUCGCCAGGAUCCUCCCUCCCUCCUUCCUUCCUUCCCUCCCUCCUGCGAGCGCGUAUCCAGCUCCACGUCUUUGCUCAAGCCGGAGUGGAAGAGGAGAGGCGCACACAUCCAAAAAAAAAAAAAAAAAAAAAUAAACCACCCAAAAAAAAAAAAAAAAAAAAAAGAAACCCUACCCAACCCCACACUUAGCGGAAACUUGUCAAAGAAUGCUCCUAAAGUCUGGUUUUCUCCUGCUGCUGCUGAUCAGUGCAUCCGCAUCCUACGAAGCUGAGCAGAAUGACUCUGUGAGCCCCAGGAAAGCGCGGGUGGCAGCCCAGAACUCAGCCGAGGUGGUUCGGUGCCUGAACAGUGCCCUCCAGGUGGGCUGCGGCGCCUUCGCCUGCCUGGAGAACUCCACGUGCGACACGGACGGGAUGUACGACAUCUGCAAGUCCUUCCUCUACAGCGCGGCUAAAUUCGACACUCAGGGAAAAGCCUUCGUGAAGGAGAGCCUGAAGUGCAUCGCCAACGGGGUGACGUCCAAGGUGUUCCUGGCCAUCCGCAGGUGCUCCACCUUCCAGAGGAUGAUCUCCGAGGUGCAGGAGGAGUGCUACAGCAAGCUGGACAUGUGCGGCAUCGCCCGCCGCAACCCCGAGGCCAUCACCGAGGUGGUGCAGCUCCCAAACCACUUCUCCAACCGGUAUUACAACAAGCUGGUGAGGAGCCUGCUGGAGUGCGACGAGGACACGGUGAGCACCAUCAAGGAGAGCCUGAUGGAGAAGCUGGGGCCCAACAUGGCCAGCCUGUUCCACCUGCUGCAGAGCGACCACUGCGCCCAGGGCCACCCCCGCGCCGAGCUCCUGCGCCGGCGCCUCUCGGAGCCCCAGAAGCUGAAGCUGCUCCUCAGGAACCUGCGAGGUGAGGGCUCCACGCCCGCCCACGCCAAGCGCGGCUCCGCCGAGCGCGCCUGACCGCGGCGGGCAGGCCGAGCACGACCAAAGCUGAGGGCUCUGCUCUAGGAGUGCUGCACCCAAAGCCAGUGGACUGUAGGUGUUUCAACCCCCAGGAGCUGGGUUUAGUUCCUUAGGGCUCGUUUAGUUAGUUCAUCUUUUCUGUUCCUCUCCAACGGCACUUCUGCAUGGGUCUGUGUUCGGUGUCGCGGCUUUCCCGCCAGCCAGACCGCUCUGUCUCUUCUCUUCCCCACAAAAAAUCUGUUAUCCCUAAAAAUCUUAGUCACAAGUAGAUCCCUACAGUGGCCAGGCCUUCAGGCACCAAACUCCCAACGUUUGGAGGCUGAGUUUUGUCCCAAACUGUUGUGCUGACACCACCCAGGCCUGGAGAUUCGGCACCGAGGGGAGGAGCCCGUCCUCUCCUGCAGGUGACAAAAGAUGCACUAAAAACUCUCUCACAUCCUAAAAACAUCCGUGGAAUUCAUGUCAUGAAUCUGUGCUGGCCAUGGACGAGCAUGGAUGUCACCUUCCUGGUCCUGUAGUGUCACCCUCGGUCCCAAUCCUUCCUUCCAGCAGAGCGCUGUGAACACGUUUAAGUCGGGAUUUACAAAACUCCCUGCAUGGUUUAGUCACCAGGACCUGGCACCACGGUGCAAAAUGAGUUCAAACCACCCCACAAACCCCAAAAGCAGGAGAGGGACGUGUUCUACCAUGCGGCUGGAGCUGGUCAGGAGGUCCCAUAAUCGUGCGUUGUGUUUCAAAGCUCACAUCUCUGUACUGUAUUUAACUGCCUGAAGCUUUAAACCAAGCCUAACAGAAACAAAGCCUGUCUUAAGAUUAGAGUAUUAAAGGCCUUGCUCUAACUGUGGUAUAAAUAGUGCUAAAAUCUGUCUGUACUGUACAUAAACUCCACCAGAGUCUGCUUCAAAGGAGCAGAACACAAUAACUUUAUUGCCUAAACUGAGUUUUGUAAGUCAGCUCUUUCAUUAUUAUUAUUAUUAUUAUUAUUAUUAUUAUUAUUAUUGCUUUCUUUUCCCUGGAAGCAGCACCUCUGUCAGGAGUUCGCAUUCCACUCUGUGGCCUUUUCAGAAAGGCAGAGGGGAAAGGUUUAGGGUGGGAAUCGCAGGACCAGGAACAGCUAAAAUGGAGGCAAAAUCCAUAAAAACCCAAGUUCAGGCUGGUCAGUGCUGUCCCCGCAGGGCUGCCAGGAAAAGCACUUAGACCCAGGGCAGAGCUGCUGGGAAUUCCGGAAUUGUCAGAUCCUUUGGGAAUCUCACAGGGCAAAACUCCCGGCAGGAUUUCUGGGGAGAGGCAGGGAAAAUCCAUCAUUCCCUCAAGCUCCAGCAGGAAAGCUGAGGGCGCAAUGAAUGCUCUGGGAGCUGCCUUUCCUCCAUCCUCCUCCUCCACCUCAGCGGGCUCUGGGAAGAGGAGCAGAGCUGGAGACCCCAAAGCUGCUCCCCACCACGGCCAGGCCCCGGUGAGCCCAAAAAUGCCCUUUGUGGUGUGGGAUCCACCAGGCCAAUCCCAAAUCCAUGCCUUGGAGUCCCUGCAGAGUGGGGGACUCUGCCUCAGAGUGUUGGAGAGCUGUUAAAGGAGGGAUCUCUUUUUCUUAGGGAAACCUGAAGCAAUAUAAUUUUGGGUUUUUUGUGUUGUUUGGGAAACCACAAAGCCUUUAAACCAGAACUUGCUGCUAAAAUAUCGAAACCAGAUGCAGUGGCAUGAAAUGUAGCCCAGAAGUGCUGGCAGAGAAUUGGAAGCAGCAAAAAAUUAUUGCUGACAUCAGAGGGUCGGAAGUUGUAAUUUUUUUGGGAUACUCCAAAUGGAGCCGUGCAGGGCAAGGGACAUGCAAAGCUGCUGCUUCCUGAAUCAGGCAGGGCUUGAGAGGCCGACACAAAGAAGUUCUGAGAGGUGAAAACCAACAGCUUCUGGAAUAUCCCAACCCUAAAAUUGGGAUUAUAUUUAGGAAUCGAUCCCAGGAGCGCAUCCCUGACUUCCCAGCCCGCGGUUGUUGGGAGCCAGGGAAUUCCACCAGGGUUUGUGCAUCCAGUCCGUGCUUUUAUUUGGGAAUUGGUCACAAAAAGUCUUUCCCUGCCUCGGGGCAGUGUCCAACCCCACCUGGGAGGCUCUGCUGGUGCUCCAGAGCUCCCACUGUGGGAUCCCAAAGCUCCCAGGAGCUUUCCAAGGACACCUGGGCAGGGACAUUCCUCAUGGAAAGUGGCUUCUCCACCCACCCACUUCUCUGCAACCCCAAAAAGGCGCCUGAAGCAGAUUUGGGGCCUCCCAAUUCCCAUCUUUUUUGGGGUGCCGUAAUGAAAUUUCCCUUUGCAGCAAUGAUUCCAACUUUGUCUCGGAAUAUGGGUGGGAAGAGGAGCGGGGAGGUGAUUCCCCCUGGUGGGGUUUGCUGUGGUGCCCAGGGAAUCAUCCCCUGGUACCCCAGGGAACUCUCCCCGUGCCAUGCGUGUCCCAAAGAGCCAAUUCCCCAUUUCUGAGCUGCUUUGAGGCCACUUUUGUCCCUGUGCUGGAGCAGGGAGGAAUUUGGGAUCUCUCAUCCCUCCCCUCACCCCAGCUGGGCACUCCCAGCUCUCCCUGCUCAGCAGAGGGGAUUUGGGGGCUCUUCCCAUCCCUUGGGGAUGGUGGAAAUGUUUGGAUUUGGGUGUGAGAGAUCCCUCAGGGUGGGGAAUGACCCCCAUGAUCAAGUCCAGCAAUUUCACCCUGGAGUCCAUCUCUGCUUCGUUUUUUUGGUCUCACAAAAGGAUUUUCUUCUCUUGGGGCGGGGAGGGGCUUCUCUGGGAAGGUUUGCAUGAGUCUCGUGGUUUGUUUGCACUUUAGACGUUUUUGUGCCAUUAUAAAUUUGCAUUAUUUGUAUUUAUAAUUUAAAGAGACCUAGAAAAGGGAAAAGGGAGAGAGUUUGGGGGUUUUGGGGGGGUUUCGGGUUUUGGUUUUUUGCUGAGUACUGGAAUAAACAGUGAGCAUAUCUGGUAUAUGUCCUUAUUUAUUGUUUCCAUGACAUUUGUAAAGCUCCGUGUGUUCAUAUAAAGGUUAUUUGAAACAUAUCAUAGCGAGGAGAGAGAGGCAAGUUAUUUUCUUUGCUUAUUUUUAUAAUUAAAGAUGCAUAACAUAAUGAGGCCUACGUUGGAUUUUCUUCUGCAAUGAAAUAAAAAAGUCAAAUUUAAAGGA